AACAUUCUUUUCGUCUACCGACUACCUGAAAUUCCCAUAAAAUAUUUUUGGGUUUACUCCCAAAGCUGCAUUGUAUAGACUUUUAAGUUAUCCGAGAUGGUACCAUUUGGUACCUUGCCUCGCCCCCCUAUUUUUCUCCCACUAUAAUCAAAUCACUGGUGGCACGUGUUGUUGAAGCCAUACACGAAACUUGCAGCACACAUCAAACAAUUUGCCGCUAAAAAGUCAUACGCCCGCGCUGCAUCGAUGAACAUUUUGGUUUUGAAACGUCUAAGUACGAAAUAGAAAAUUUGUAUUAAAAGUGUAUCUAGUAAUUUAUUUUAUUUUUAACAUGGAAGAAAGUAACGGGACAGUUUGGAGCAUGGAAAUAACUACCGCAUCAACAUUACAAGAAGCUGAAGAAGAAACAAUAGCCACUGUUGUAAUAAUUGUUUUAGCGGCAGCUGUUGUAAUAGCAGCAUUAUUUGUUUUGGCGGUAUUCAUAGAUUGCAGGCAACAAAAAGUUCAUAAAUCCCGACUGCAAAAAUCAAAAAAUGUACUUAAAUCAAUAAUCCCUCAACUAACAAAGGGAGAAGAUCGUUUGGAAAUAGUCAAUCAUAUUCAAGAGGAACAUAGUACUAACUCUGAUUUGCCAGUUUAAAUUAAAAAAUUAAAAUUGUGUGAUAUUGUAUAAAUUUAUUAUAUAU